AUUAAUUCUUUAAAUAAAAGAAAAAGGAUAUUCGAUACUUGGUCGCUUCCCAUGACAAAAGGCAGAGAGAGACCAAGUCUUGUUCUCUUCUUCUCUCUACAGAUCUGAAAUCCAAGUUCUUGGCAAAAUCUUUGAACGACAGCUUCUGGGUAUGUUCCAAGAAAGGUUUGCUCUAACUGCUGAUUGAUGAACAGGAACUGAAACGGAAGAAGGAGAAGGAAGAAGAAGAGGAAGAUGGGAUUGGUGGGAGAAGAGAAUGGGGGCGCAGAUUCACUGGGGAUUGGCAAGAACAACAAGUACAAGAGGAUGGGUUCGGAGGUCGACGACGACGACGACUUCGACGACGACUUGAUUCAUUACCAGCGUCAGCUGGAGAAGAGGAAGAGCACCAGGAGAUAUGUUAUUGCCUGUGCGGUCUUUGCAUCUCUCAACAAUGUUCUUCUCGGCUAUGAUGUUGGAGUCAUGAGCGGGGCAAUUUUGUUUAUUCAGGAAGAUCUAAAAAUAACCGAGGUUCAAGAAGAAGUUCUCAUUGGUUGUUUGAGCAUAGUCUCUCUUUUCGGUAGCUUAGCUGGGGGCAGAACAUCGGAUGUAAUCGGUAGAAAAUGGACCAUGGCUUUAGCAGCUGUUGUCUUUCAAGCCGGUGCCGUUGUUAUGACGUUUGCUCCUACUUUUGAAGUGUUAAUGAUUGGAAGAUUCUUGGCCGGGGUCGGGAUUGGACUGGGAGUCAUGAUUGCUCCUGUUUAUAUUGCUGAGAUUUCCCCCACUGUCAGUCGGGGGUCCCUCACUUCGUUUCCGGAGACCUUCAUAAACCUCGGGAUUUUACUGGGUUACGUCUCGAACUAUGCAUUUUCAGGCCUCUCUGUACACAUCAGUUGGAGGGUUAUGCUCGCUGUUGGGAUUUUGCCCUCUGUCUUCGUUGGCGCUGCCCUUUUCAUAAUACCUGAGUCGCCGAGAUGGUUGGUCAUGCAGAACCGAGUGGACGAAGCGAGGUCAGUGCUGCUAAAAACAAAUGAAAAUGAGAGUGAGGUUGAAGAGAGACUCGCAGAAAUACUAUUAGCUGCUGGAAUUGGUAAUAGUGCAGAGAAGUAUGAAGAGAAACCCGUGUGGCGCGAACUGCUGAGCCCUUCUCCUGCCCUGCGGCGGAUGCUUAUCGCGGGAUUUGGGAUCCAGUGUUUCCAGCAGAUCACGGGUAUCGAUGCCACUGUUUAUUACAGCCCCGAAAUCUUCAAACAUGCUGGAAUAAAGGGCAAUUCCAAUCUCCUAGCGGCAACCGUCGCUGUUGGGGUCACGAAAACUGCAUUUAUACUAGUAGCUAUAAUUCUAAUUGACAGACUCGGAAGAAAGCCUUUGCUGUAUAUUAGCACAAUUGGUAUGACUGUUUGCUUAUUCAGCGUGGCCACGACUCUUGCUUUGCUGAAAGAAGGACAAGCCAGUGUCACGAUGGCAAUCCUUUCAGUCUGUGGUAACGUAGCUUUCUUCUCUGUGGGCAUUGGACCGGCAUGUUGGGUAUUGACAACGGAGAUUUUCCCUUUGAGGCUGCGUGCUCAAGCGGCAGCACUCGGGGCCAUCGGUAAUAGGGUGUGCAGCGGGCUCGUGGCAAUGUCCUUCCUCUCGGUUUCCCAAGCAAUCACAAUGGCCGGCACAUUUUACACCUUCUCGGCAAUUUCUGCGCUGUCUGUCGUGUUUGUUUACACACUUGUUCCGGAAACAAAAGGAAAAUCCUUGGAGCAGAUCGGGUCCUUAUUUGAAGACCAAAGCGAUUGGAAAGGAGACGAAGUCGAGAUGGGAGAUGUUGAGCAUCUUGUGCAGAAAAAAUAAAUCAGCUUAUCACUACUGGAUGAGCAACAAUACCCUACAUUGUUGGUGAAGGAAAUACAGUCGGUAGUUUGCCAGAUUAUCAUUUUGUUGAUACAGUUUCUUUACUGGAUAAACUACUUUUGAAGUUGUAUGUUCUAUUAAUUUGAGCUGUAUUCGUCGAUUCUUAAUCUCAUAUAAGUUAAAUAAUUCUCUUCGGAAA